AUGGUUGUUGUGUUGUUUCCUUCAACUGUUUGGAAAGAUAUGCUUAAGACCAAUGUUUUAAAAAACAAACAGGAAGUUGAACCAAUGAGUCCUUCUGGUUCAUGGUUCAACUGGUUAAACUGUUUACUGAAGAAGGUGAAUGAACUCAGCACUCUUUGUGGGGUAGAAGCAUGCAUUAUAAUCUAUCCUGAAAACAGUGCUCAGCCAGAUAUUUGGCCACCUGGUCUGAGAACAAGAAAUGUGUUAGGAAAGUUCAUGAGUUUGCCCGAACUUGAAAGAAACAAAAAGAUGCUAGACUCGGAGGGUUUCGCGAAUCAAACCCUAGAGAAAACUCAAAAGAUAUUGAUGAAACAAAUUGAGAAAAACCAGAAGAAAUCUGGCAUUUUUAUUAGUGAUACCUAUAAGAAUCUAGAAUGUGAUACUAGAGAUCUCAACAUUAAUGAAGCCAAUAAUUGGAAGGGGUUUAUUGAGAAGAGACUGAAUGAAGUCGAACAAAAGUUGAUUUCGAUAAAAAUUCAAGCUGAAGAGGAGACUGAGAAUGGAAUUGAAGCUGUCAAUGGAAUAGCUAAUCUGGGUCAUGUUGCUGAUGCGUAA